AUGUUGUUUUUUCAUGGAAAAACGAGUAAAAAAUUUUAUGAUGUUGUUUUUUCAUGUACGUUUUUAAAAAAUUUUUUUUUUCCAAUGUUGUUUUUUCAUGCAAAUUUGAAAAAAAAAUUUUUUACAGUCACUUUUAUAGGAGCAAAAUUUACUGUAAUUUACAACAUUGUUGUAAAUUCAUGUCAACCCAAAUUUUAUAAGUGAAAAUACUAA